CGUAGAAGUGGCCAAAGCCCCAAAGACUGAAAGAUGUCAAUGAACAGUAUACGGAGCUAUAUCCGAUGGACCAUUGCUGGUAUUUCUUUUCCACUCAUAGACUCAGUAAUACUUCGUAUAUAUAUCUACGGGACUUUGGAGAACACCCCAACAAUGAAUAAUGGACAAUGAGGGGUUCAAAAUGAUGACGUCGCAUAAGCCGAACUAGGAAUGUUGUAGCUUCUUAUUAGAGAGCUCUGAGCUGUCGUAUGCAGCGUAUUACCGGGAUUGAGGGGGGUAAAAUUGUGUAAUGUAUACUACUCCUACUUCUGCUACUCCUACUGCUGCUACUCCUCCUUCUGCUACUCCUACCUCCAGGUCCAUAUCCAAUAGCUCAAUAAGAACAAGCAAAAAGGCAGAUACAUCCACAUCCUUCUCAUCUUUCAUUCAACCUUCGAUAUUCAACUAUCGUCCACUCAAGUAAAGGCGAGGCAAAUAUGGAUUCAGAAAGGUUGCAGAAGCCUUUCAAAAAUCGUGAUGAAUUGAAGGAGAAAUUGUCUAUCGAUCAUUUCGAUUUGAACGCUAUUCUGCGAGGAGCCCAAUUGACAAUUGUGGGAGCUCUAAGGGCUCUGCGAAAUCCGCAAUUGUUUACUUCGGAGCAUUACAAGCAGGCUGCUCUCGCAGUUUUGGCAGGCGUCGUAAUUCGAUUAGCUAUAGAGAUCCCCAUUUUUGGUGUGAGAGUCUUCUUAUGGCUCAUGUCAUUUUUUGUAGACCUCGGAGCCUCUACCUUCGACAACAGAAUUGUUGAGGGCUUAGACCUUAUCCAGAAUCAUGUUUUACAGGUUCCGUUCUUUCUCAUGAGUAUACUAAGUCGAGUCACUCCAACCCUUGACAACAUGUUCAUGAUGAGCCUCGCGUUCGUUGACGAAACGUAUUACGAGAAACACAAAGGAGAAGAACGGUCCACACUAAGAGACGAAUAUUAUCCAAAUCUACGACGAUAUCCUAAGAGAGAUGGCACAACCCAUAAAACAAGCACAGCAGAGAACAUGUCCAUGUUUUUGAUAAAGUUUGGAAAGAAGGCGGGGCUCUCGUUGGCAGUAUAUGCUCUAUCCUACGUUCCGAUCCUGGGAAGAUUCGUGCUUCCGGCUGCCAGUUUCUAUACAUUCAAUAAAGCCGCAGGACUUGGUCCUGGCCUUAUAGUGUUUGGCACGGGUAUCUUUUUGCCUCGCAGAUAUCUCGUAAUCUUUCUCCAGAGUUACUUCUCAUCACGCAGUUUGAUGCGUGAACUGCUUGAGCCAUACUUUGCUCGUAUCAAAUUUACCAAGGAACAAAAGAAGAAUUGGUUUCAUGAUCGAGAAGGACUCUUGUUUGGCUUUGGUAUCGGCUUCUAUAUAUUCCUUCGAAUCCCUCUGCUCGGUGUACUUGUCUAUGGUAUUGCAGAAGCAUCCACGGCAUAUCUUAUUACCAAGAUUACCGACCCUCCUCCACCUGCUGGACAAGAGGACGAGUUUGCUGCUAGCCAACAAAAGUGGAAGAACAAGCAUGAAUUCUUGAACCUCAAGCUCGACCAAUUAGAUUCUUUGAAUACGUCCGGUAGGAAUGAAGUCACGCAGGGCGUUUCAAGCGAGAAAGCUUCGUCAUCGGCCACAGAAGUGCCUCCGCCGUACAGCGAUUUAAGAUCACGGUAAUGGAUGGAUGGUAUAAAUAGAGAGCGUAUGACCGAGCUCGGUAGCAUGCAAAAUCGCCCAGUUAUCUUGACAGCAUGACCAAAACGUUUGCCAUGUUCUACGGUUACCAAGCAGAUUGAGGGUAAAAUACUAAGAAACAUCUGUGUAAGACUGUAUACUGCAGCUAACUAGACAUUAAUCAUGCCACAUUCUAUGGCCAAACUCCAACCUCAUGCUAGGCACACUUGAGCCAUCAUGAACUUCCCGAGACAGUCGCAUGAUUCCCUUUCUUUUGAAAUUCUCGGCAUCAUACAUAUUUUCCAAGCCGAUGAACCCCGCGCAUUCCUCCGAAUCCCCAUACUCUCUUGAUUCGAGUGCCACAUAGAUUGGUCUGCACAGAUGAUUGGUUCGAUCCAUCUGAGAGGGGAGGGGUAAUUUGUAAUUUGUAAUUUGCGAUAAGAGCUUCCGAACGUCCUUUUUCUUAUCAUUUCUUGCGUCUCUUCUGUGAUCAACUCCCUGGAUUUUUAUCUGUAUCUAGAAAUUAAUAGGAAUUGAUAGU